AUGCAAUUUUCAAUCAUCGCUUUAUUUGCUACUGCUGUUUUCGUUGACGCUGCUAUUACUACUGUUAAAUCAGAAGUUGUUGCAACUAUCACUUCAUGUGGUCCAGAAGUAACUAAUUGUCCAGCUGCUUCAUCAGCUCCAGUUAUUGUUGAAUCAUCAUCAAUUGCUCCAAAUGCUACUGCUCCAAUUGCUAAUGUCUCAACUUAUGAAGGUGCUGCUAAUAAACAAUUUGCCGCUGGUGCAUUUGCUUUAGCUGCUGGUGCUUUAUUAUUAUAA